AUUUGAUUUCAACUUCAACAAACGGGAAAAGGAGAAAUAGAAAUUGUUUACGGUCUGCAAACAACUGGCGACUGUUUCCUUAUACAAAAUUGCUAAAUUUGUCAAACCUGUAAAAAAAACUGGAGCGAGGAAAGUGUUUAGACGUUUAGAGCAAAGGUCUGUCGUGUGGACAUACAGUAGUUAAUUUUUAAGUGAUAUUAUAUUGUCAGUGAUUUCUCGUUACUACGGCCUCAAUAAUACAUUUAUGGACUUCAAACUUAUGGAUUUGUGUUUAGACUGAAUAUUAAGGUAAUGUCUUUGCCAAGGAGCACAAAACUGAUCUUCAAACUGUUGUAACUGUCAGGGUCAAAUAUGCCCUUGUUCCGGCAACUUGAGCCCACACCGGAGAGGGAAGGUCAGAAGAAGAAAAAAUGCAAGAAUGAAUGGGCUGAUGAUGAGGACAAACCUUCCACACUGAUUGGCCUUUGUCUUCAAAGCCUAGCUGAGAACAUGAAGGAUAUGUGGGUGAAAGAUUAUGCCCAAAAAUACAUGGACCAGUAUUUCUUCAGAUACGUCAUUGGUCCUUUCAGCUCAUUACCUGGUGAGUUGUUGGAAGAGCUGUUGUGCAUCCUGUCCUCGCGUAAUUUGUUGACACGUGCGGCCCUGCACCUCCUUCUCCUCCCACAGCUGAGCGGUCUGUCCCUCUCAUCUGCAUGCAGCCUUGUCAAUGCCAACCUCUGCUCUCUUAUCCAGAUACGCUGCCAGAAUCUUCAGUCUCUGGAUCUUAGUGGCGCACAGAAUAUAUCUGCAUCAGUGCUGUGUGAGCUCCUAGGCAGCCAACGUCGUCUCCGUUUCCUCUCCUUGGCUGGAACUCUUUGUGAUCAGAGAGUGAUAAGGGUGGUUUGCCGCCAAUGCUCCAAGCUGAAACACCUGGAUGUGUCACGGUGCCUUCACCUCAGCCCUGCAGGCCUUCUGCCUCUGGCCUACCAAGAACCCCUUGUCAUGAAUGCAAACACCUUCAGCAGUCUGCUUGCGUUGGAUAUCGGUUUAGCAGAAAAUGAGAGAGAUGCAGUAGCUGCAGUUGCAUUCCUCCUGCUUAGCUUGUCUGGUCUUCAGAGGUUGGCAGUGGAGGGACUGGGACAGGCUUGUGUUCUCAUACAGAACAGACAGUUUGAGGUGACAGAGGAGUUCACUAGUCGAGAAGGUGUGCCACAUCUUAAAGACAUGUGGGCAAAGCGGACACAGGAAGACCACUUGAAAGAUAGCAGUUUACUGAGCGCAGAUGGAGAGGAGAGUUCUACUUUGGAAGGAAAAAUAGAUGAAUGGUUAUCAAUAGAGGAGAGUCACGUGGAUGCUAGUGAUACUACAGAGAUAAAUGAAUGGACAGGGACUUCAGGAGAGGGUUAUAAAAAAGAUGGAGGUAGAAGUAGGGAUUGUAAUGGAAGGGAUAGUGUGACAACAUCUCUCAAGGAUGUACAAGGACUGUCUCUGGAUACUUUGGAGGCAGUAGGGAAGAUCUGCCCUGACCUCCAUGUCCUGUCUUUGGACUGUCUCCAGAGUAAUGCUCAUCAUAAUGCUGACAACUUCGAACAGGCAACCAUUUUAGCCAGAGGACUCAGUAGGUUUUCUGGACAGCUACACUGCCUUUCUCUACAAUUUGCUGGUCUUCUGUCUGAUUUGGUUCCAGCCCUGAGAGCCUCAGGCUCACACCUGCUCUCACUCACCUUGGAAGGGAUCAGAGCUGAUGGACAUACUCCUCUUCUGGAGCUCAUCCAUGCCUGUCCCAGACUAAACUCUCUCACUGUUCAUUUAGACCCACCCAGCACUAAUUUGAAUGGAGAUGAUGAUGCUGAGGAGGAGGGUGAAGACGAAGGCCUUCUUUCUAAUCUACCAUGCCUUCCACACCUCCACUCUUUAACACUGAAUUUUUCAUUGGAUGAACGGCAAAUGAAGCCUGCAUUGUGUUGGAUGUCUCUGAAGGGAGUGCUGUGGGCACUACUUAGGGGUGCUUCACUCCUUCGGAAGCUCUCGCUAAUCGCUGUUCCCUGUCGAUUGGACCCUGUAUUUAGACUUGUCCUAAACCAUCCGGCCAAACCCCUCGGGGCCCUAGACAGUCCCCCACUACACUGCCUUAGAUCUGUUAGUCUGAACCGCUCAGAUAUCACUAUGGAGACUGUAGUACAUAUUGUAAACACUUGUUGGCGCUUGUCCCAUUUGGAUUUGAGUGGCUGCUGGGCAAUGACUUUAAACAAUAUCACAAAGUUACAAUGCAAAACCAAAAGGAGGCGCCAUACACUGCAAAUAACAUGGACAUGAGCUGGGAAAGAAAAGGCCAUGCUGAGAUUGAAAAAUAGUUGUACUGUCAGUAUCUUUUUUGUGUGAUUAUUCUAUAAAACUGGGAUAUUCUAGGAAAUAUAUGUAUGAAUAUAAUAUGCAUUUAAUACAGUUAUACAUGUACAUAAUGAACAUCAUUCAUCAAAGAUGCAAGGACAAAAUUGUUUAAUACAAUGAAAUAAAAUUACCAUGCUCUCUUCAUAAUUAGAUUUA